UUUUUAAGUUAUUUAUUUUGAGAGGGAGAAAAGGGACCACAAGCAGGGAAGGGGCAGAGAGGAGAGCCAGGAUCCCAAGCAAGCAGGCUCUGCGCUGUCAGCACACAGCCCGGCCCGAUGCGGCGUUUCAGUUCACGACCGUGAGAUCAUGACCAGAGCCACAUCAGGAGUCGGCGCUUUAACCGACAGCCCCACCCAGGCGUCCCCAAUCUCUCCCAUAUUGUAAACACACACACACACACAUAUAUACACGUAGUGGUAACUAUGUAGAGAGGAUGGACAUGUUAAUUAGCUUGAUUGUGGUCUUUUCACAUUGUGUAUGUAAAUCCAAAUAUCAAGUAUAUCUUAAAUGUAUACAAUUUUUAUAUGUCUAAGAUAUUUCAGUAAAGCUAUCAAAAGAGAUAAAGAAAACCUCCCAUAGUUCCCCAUUAGUCUCAAAAUAAAAGCCAAAAUCCUACUGUAGACUCUGAGGCUCUAGGUGAUCUGCAUCCAGCACCCCCCCCCCCCCCCCCAUCUCAUCUCUGUCUAUUGUCUCCUUUGCAAGUGCUUUUCCAGUCUUGGUGACUCCAUGACCAGUUCUAGUACCCUUCUGGUUGGGGGUUUUGCCUUUGCCAUCUCCUCUAUCCAGAAUUCUCUCCACUGAUUUCUCAUGGCUCAUUUCCUAACUUCAAUCAGAUCUCAGCUCAAAGUUCAUCCUAGUCACUUAUUCAUUUGUUCAUUCCAAAUGGCAGGCACUGUGGAAUGAACCAGAAAACAAAACAAAGUCUCUGCUCUUGUGGGGAGGAGAGCACAUUCUACUGGAGCGGAAAUACACAAUAAAAUAAACAUGGUGUUGGGGCACCUCGGUGGCUCAGUCAGCAUCUGACUCUUGAUUUUGGCUCAGGUCAUGAUCUCACAGUUUGUGGGUUCAGAGUCUGCUUGGGAGUCUAUCUCUGCCCCCACCCCAUUUGCUCUCUUUCUCAAAAAUAAAUAAACGUAAAAAAAUAAGAAUAAACAUGGUGUCAAGUGAAACUGCUAUGAGAAAAACAGCCUAAAAGUAUAAAGGGGUUCUACAUUUGAUGGGGUGCUCAGGGAUGGCUUUGGGAUAAAAUGAACUUUGUUUUUGCUCUACUGCUAACCAAUUAUGUGGCCUGGGGUGAGAUUCUUCACCUUGCUGAGGCCAUUUGGUUUGUGAAAGGAGUUCACAAGGUUCAGUGGGAUGAUGCAAGUGGCAGGGUUGGCAAACCCUACUUCCUUAUGCAUAUGUGAGUGAUUUCUGAGUCCCAUGAAGGAAAAGGAAACUCAGGAGAGGAGCCGUGGGCUGACAUCCUGAUGCUGGCAGGCUGGGUCUGCAGACCCAGCGGGGGUCCUGCAGGACCAGUCAAAAGGGUCCUUGGCUUCCCGCAGGAAGGAAAUCAAACAGGAGCCAGCAGUAGGUGAAAGCAGUUUAUUGAAGACAGAGAGAGAGAGAGAGAUAAGGACUGGGUGUCUGGAAGACUUGGAAAGGAAAAGACCAUGAGUCUCAUCUUUUCUUGGGGUCUGGGGUUUUCACUGGCGAUUGUACUCUGUGCACAUGCCUUCUCAGGCAUCCAGGAACUGGUCAGAACAAGGAUAGGGUCCUUCUUAAGCCACUCGUUCCCUGAGGCCUGGGGUCUUGGCGUGGAGAUAUCUAGGGCCAGUAGUCUGGAAUAGGCACUUGAUGGCCUGCCGGGUCAUUCCUUAGAUAUCGCCUAUUGUGCUGGAAGACUCCAAAGAUAUCAUUAUCUCUUUGUCCCUUACAAGGAGAACAUGGGUUUUUGCAUUACGAGGCAUGUGUUGAGUGGGGUGGGAAUGCGGGGUCCUAGCAAGAAUAGAAGCCAGAAAAGAAGCAAAGGAAAAACACGGCUUUUUUCCCUGGGGUUCCUUCAGUUUCCCUGUCUCAGUCUGAGUCCAACUGGAAGCAACCUCCCAACCAGUACUAUGGAAAACGGCUAUGAUUGCUGCAGAGGCUUGUAGGAGAGCCUAGGACUAAAGUAAAGAAAGAGGGCUUCCCUGUGGGAUGCUGAUUCUAGUGAUUUGGAGGUCUCAUUGGGGAGGGAGGAACAAAGCCCAAGCUCCAAUCAGCCGGGGUCCCCGUCCGGUACCUCUGAGUUCCAUCAUUCGAGCCGGAGUCGCCCGUCAAGUUUUACGUCACUGGGAUCAAACCAAUCACGUCUUUAAGUGCACCAAUCGGCGCAUGCUUACGGCGGAAAUGAGGUCGCCCCAGCCAAUGACAGGGGCCGUACGGCGGAAGUGUAGAAAUGGUCUCUUGGGAAGAUGGCAGCCUCAGUCCGGCCACAAGUUGAUUGGCAGGUGCGGUGACCAGAGGCUCUAGACUCCAGGCCCUGUCCCCUGGGCUCUGCCUUCGGAUGUCCCACCGUACACAGCCUGCAUGCGCCGUGGGGCGCCCCAGGACCAGGAGCUGGUGGGCCCGGGGGCUCCUGCGCGGGGGUCCCGGGGCGCCCCUCCUCCCUCGGGACUUGUCCCGGUCCUCGUCUUUCCCCCGGACCUAGUAUUCAGGGCGGACCAGCGGAGUGGACCCCGGCAGCUGCUGACCCUCUAUAACCCCACGGGAGCUGCGCUUCGCUUCCGAGUUCUGUGCACAGCACCUGCCAAAUAUACGGUGUUUGACGCAGAAGGAUACGUGAAACCUCAAUCCUGCAUUGACAUUGUGAUUCGCCAUGUGGCCCCCAUUCCCAGCCAUUAUGACGUCCAGGACCGCUUCCGCAUUGAGCUGUCUGAGGAGGGAGCUGAGGGUCGAGUGGUGGGGCGCAAGGACAUCACCUCGAUUCUGAGGGCCCCAGCCUACCCUCUUGAGCUUCAGGGACAGCCUGACCCAACGCCCCACCCAGGGCCUCCUUCCUGGACAGCACCACCCACGGCCAGACACUUCCCCGAGAACCCCCAUCCACAACUGGCCACCAGCUCCUUCCUCCUCUUCUUGCUGACGGGCAUAGUCUCUGUGGCCUUCCUGCUGCUCCCGCUCCAGGACGAACUUGGCAGCCAGCUGCCCCAAAUCCUGCACGUCUCCCUGGGACAGAAGUUGGUGGCGGCCUACAUCUUGGGCCUCCUCACCAUGGUGUUCCUUCGGACCUGAGCUCCCUGCUCAACUUUUACCCACCUCCUGGGGCAGAGAUGUGGAUGUGUACAUGAGACAGCCACUGUGAUGCCCCUGCUUUGUUUCAACUCCUACUCCCUCUUCUUCCUGCCCAGCCUCUCUCCCCAACUACCCAGGGAUUUGUAUUCAUUUUCCAAAUUGAAUAAAAUAAAUUUUUGAAAUUAAACUAAGAAA